AUGAGUGAUAGUUCAAAUCAUAAGAAAAGUUCAUUAUGGAAUGAUCAAAAAUAUUCAGUCAUUACACUUUCCUGUUUAAUAUCAGGUUCGACAUUUGGUGCAUAUUUCUGUUAUAACAGGUAUCUACGACAAAUAUCUAAGGCUACUGAUAUCCCAAUUGGAAUAUUUAGGAAAAGGUGGCUUUAUGGGAAAGUAACAGCUGUUGGUGAUGGGGAUAAUUUCCAUUUCUAUCAUACACCUGGUGGGGUUCUUGGUGGAUGGGGAUGGAUAAGACGUGUCCCAAAGAGCCCCAUUAAUGACAGUAUGAACAAUGAUAAAUAUAUAUCAACUGGCAAGAAAACUAAGAGCAAAAGUGUUGUUUCACCGAAAUCAUUUUUUUCUAGAAGUAUUCUUAACUUUAAGAAAAAGUCUUACUCUUCCAAUUCAAUUAUGCAAUUGAAAGUGCCAUAUAAGAAUUUAAGAAAUCUUCCCACAAUACCUGUCAGAAUAUAUGCUGUCGACGCCCCAGAGAGGGCUCAUUUCGGUGGAGUCACUCAACCGUUUGGUGACGAAGCUUUAGUUUGGCUAAGUUACAAACUGUUAGGCAGAUACAUUUGGAUGAAACCGUUAUCUGUUGAUCAGUACAAUAGAUGUGUGGCUAAAGUAGUCUAUUGGACCUGGUUGGGAUGGAGAAACAUAAGUCUUGAAAUGAUUAAAGAGGGUUUAGCUGUAGUUUAUGAAGGUAAAACAACUGCUGAAUUUGAUGGAGAAGAAAUGAAAUUCAGGUUUUAUGAACGUAGAGCAAAGUUGAAGAAGAAGGGUUUAUGGGUUCAGAGACGAGUUGUGUCACCAGGAGAAUACAAAAAAAGCAUGAAAUAA